AAAAAAAAUAUAUCCUAAUCGAAAAUUCUGCAUACAAUCAGAAAAGCCAUACAUAAAAAGAUAUGGUUUGGCCAUCUGGAAAUUACCCAUUGUCGGCAAAUGGCAAUCGUAAGCGUCUUGCUGAUAACAAUCAACCCGUUCGGAUUGUAAAUCUAUCCUAUAAUCCACGUCGUCGCUCCGCUGGCGCACUUGAGCCGGACGCGACUGUUGAUAUGCAUCGCCCGUUGCCGACAUUCGCCAAUCUCUCUGGAGGCGAUAACGAUGCUCCAGAGCCACCACCACCACCAGCACCGGCACCAGCUCCGGCCCCGGCACCAGCUCCCGCCCCGGCACCGGCUCCGGGUCCGCCACCAGCACCGGCCGCAGCAGUCGCUGCUCCUGCUCCGGCUCCAUCUCCAUCUCCGGCUUGCUCUUCCGUUGGUGCCACGCCUUUGAUUUUCGCCCGCAACCCGGCUUUGGAUCCUUGUUUUGCCCAGGCUACCACCGUGGCCUCGGCUCUCCAUCCCGCCUCGGCUCCCACGUCUGCCCUAGCUUCGGGACUCGCUCCCGGCCCAGCUUGCAGUUUGGAUCCCUCUUGCGUUUCGGCUCCCGCUGUCAAUGGUCAAAACAAGCGAACAGGACGCGCCAUCAUCGCCAGCGAUUACGGAGACGCGGAGUCAUACAAGUGUCCCAUUUGCUUGGAGAGCGUCUCGGGCCGCCAGCCGGCGACCACCUCGUGUGGCCACGUCUUCUGCUAUCCGUGCAUCCUGGCGGUGGUGCGCGUCAGCCGCAAGUGUCCCGUUUGCAGCUACACAUUGGCCACUCGUCGCUCAAUUAAGCGAAUAUACAUCUGAGGCUAAAUUAAAGAAAGAAUCAUGCAAAACA